CUGUCUGCCCUCCGACUAGAGUGAAACCCCUCCAUCCUGCUGCCAGCUCCCGGAUAACACUAGCAGCAGCAGAAGUCCGCCGCCGCGGGCCAAGGAAUGGAAGCCGUGGCAGCAACCAUGGCGGCGCUUCCAGCGCCUCCAUGCACUUCCUCCUCUCCAUCGUCCGUGUUCCUCACCCCCAACUCCUCCACUGGCCGGAGGAUGGCGCCAUGGGCGGUGUCCGUCCGUGCAUCUGCGGCGACAUCGGUCCGAGGGACGCACUCCGUUGGGUGGGACCCGUCGGGGCUGGCAGCAGCCAGGCCGGCAGCCAGAAAGGUGCGCCUCGAGGAGCUCGACACCACCAACAUGCUCCUCCGCCAGCGCAUCGUCUUCCUCGGCUCCCCGGUAGAUGAUACAAGUGCUGAUCUUAUUAUCAGCCAGCUCUUACUAUUGGAUGCAGAGGACCAAACUAAAGACAUUACAUUGUUUGUCAACUCACCUGGAGGUUCCAUAACAGCAGGUAUGGGAGUAUAUGAUGCUAUGAAAUUUUGUAAGGCUGACGUCUCAACUGUUUGCUUUGGAUUGGCGGCUUCUAUGGGUGCAUUUUUACUUGCUGCUGGGACAAAGGGUAAGAGGUAUUGCAUGCCAAAUGCGAGGAUUAUGAUCCAUCAGCCAUCAGGUGGUGCUGGUGGGAAAGUCACAGAGAUGGGACUACAGAUAAGAGAGAUGAUGUACGAGAAGAUUAAGAUCAAUAAAAUAUUGUCGAGAAUUACUGGAAAACCUGAAGAGCAGAUUGAUGAGGACACAAAGUUUGACUAUUUCAUGAGUCCUUGGGAAGCCAAGGAUUAUGGGAUAGUUGACAGCAUUAUAGACGAGGGAAAACCAGGGUUGGUGGCUCCCUUGGCAGGAGCUGUGCCGCCUCCAAAAUCACGUGUGUGGUACUUGUGGAAGGCUUCAGGGCCGACUAGGAAGAUCAUGAAGGAUCUACCUUCCGAGGAGAAACUAGUUCUCAAUGGUAAUGGUAGUGCAACUGGAGAUGAUGGUAAGGUCAAGAAGACCUCGGCAAGUUGAAGCCUGCCUUCUAGCUUACAGUAAUUUAAUGGAAGGUGGCUUUGCUAUGGCGGAAGGCGAUGAUAGGAUGAUGGAGUUCCGAUAAGUAAUAUUCAACGUGCAUUGCUGCUUUUGGCUGAAGCUCCAACGAGCCCUCUCGAUGACCUUUUACUCCGUUUUCAUCAUGGGUAGUAAAAUUGCGUAGCAUCCCAGUUCAGAUUCUAAUGUAAUGCUCAUUUUAAUGCCAUGUCAUUGACAACAAAGUUUGUCACCACACCGUUGAUGUGAAGUGGAUAGGCGUGAUCACCGCCUCCAUCCUCAUGCUUGUCGAAGGAUUGAUUACCAAUUAAACCAUAAUGACACAUGCAUGAUUUUUUUUCUCUGCA